AUAUAAAGGCUACUUUUUUGCUUUAGUCACCAGUCAUCACUCAUCACUGCUCUAUAGUAUGUACUCUCUCCUCUACUCUGCUUUGCUCUACCAUACCCAGAUUGGCUUCGGGGUUUAAUCAACGAUCGCUUGAACGUCCAACAAGAGGGAAGAUGACAACUUUUUUCGUCUAGCGUCUUCUAUUGAGAACUGUGGAGAAUCGAGUUGUUGUUAUGAUGAUAUAGGUUAUGGGUGAAGAUGGGUCUGAAACCUAGAAAUGCCAUCUUAAGCUCAGAUUUGAUUAUUUUGCGAAGUGAUGAGAGAUGACAAGUGGCGACUAUAAUGUGAGCAUYGGUAGCGUCGUGUGCUCCAUCGCCACGAACCCUCUAAAAACACACAAAGGACAAUAUGUAAACGGGGAUUUUAGUGAUAAUGCAGGGUUACAGGGCUGUUGCCUUCCUUGAUUUAAGGCCUCCAUGGCGCUCAAUCCUGUGAGCAAGUCGGCCCUGUAAACUUGGAUACAAUUGCAACUUUGAUUCUUAUUAAUUUUGUAAUGCCCAUUUUUUUUCCUGCUUUCUUGGUUUGCAUUUGUUUUUUCCGUAGUUUUGCCAAUGCAGAUGCUUAAAUUUCACUGAAAUGUGAGGAGUUCGAAACUUUUUCUCUAUCAGUUGUUGGUUUUUAUUUCAGAGGACUGUUCCAACUGUAAAGAGUUGCAUUGUAAUCUUUUUUGGCUGAAGUUUGAAUUCUGAGACUUCCACAAGCUGUCGCACAAAAAAAAGAAGAAUGGGAUCAGAGGGAACAAAAAAUGACAUGAUUAUCAGUCAAGUCAGUUUCGGAGGAUUUGACAAUAAUGUCACUGCAUCAGAACUCACAGAUUUCUUAGAGAAAGAAAUUGGCACUAUAUGGCGGUGUAGAUUGAAGACUUCCUCAACACCACCAGAGUCUUACCCUGAUUAUGAUGUAACAGACAUGGACGCAAUCCAGAAGACAGAUGGCUAUGAUAAGGUGAAGCCUCAUGCUUUUGUACACUUUCUAUCUCCUGAGGCAGCAACUGCAGCAUUGGAUGCUGCAGGACGUUGUGAUCUUGUAUUGAAUCGCCACCCUUUGAAGGUGAAUUUGGGGCCUCAAAGUCCAUUCCUUCUUAAUCAGAGGAGGAGGAAAAUAGAUCCUUUCAAGAUACCCGAUUCCUGCAUCAAGAUUGGAUCUUUAGUUGGCCAGGAUGAAUUUGUUGUUUGUUGGAAGGCACCUCAGGUUGAUUUUAUUGUUGAUCCCUUUGACCGGACCUGUAAGAUCCUUUUUACAAAGGAGACUGCUUUCUCCUUUAAAGACACAAUGGCAUAUGUAGUCAUCAAAUGCAACUUCAAGCUAGAAUUCUUUGUGAGUGAUAUUAGUUAUAUCAAACAAUAUACGGGCAGAUCUUCUUUGGUUAUUUUGUUGCAUCUGAGAUCAUCCCCAUGCAUCUAUUACAGAACUGCUGAUGAUGACAUCUAUGAUUCUGUUCCAUUUGAUAUGUUGGACGAUGAGGACCCUUGGAUAAGGACCACAGAUUUCACACCCAGCAGAGUAAUAGGUCGUUGUAACUCAUACAGAAUCUCAAUCUCACCCCGUUUUGGUCCAAGACUGAAUAAAGUUAUGAAUUAUCUUAGAAAACACCGGAUACCAGAUGAGUCUCCUAGGAUGCCACUAAGGAUCAGAGAUGAACCCAAUUUUGGGAUGCUGAUGUCUGAGUUCUUCUUUUGCAUUGAUCAUAAAGAAGGUAUGAGUUUCGAGACAAUAUUCAUGCUAAAUGCUGUCAUUCACAAAGGUAUUAUCAACCAACACCAAUUGUCAGAUGAGUUCUUUGAAUUACUGAGAAGCCAGUCUACUGAUGUGAAUGUCACAGCCCUACAGAACAUUUAUUCUUAUAGGCAACCAGUUUUGAAUGCAUACACGAGUCUGAAAGAUGCCCAAAGAUGUCUCCUAGACAACCCCAAACUUAUCAAGAUUUCUAAGGGGUCAGAUGAUUUUGUUGAAAUGAGGAAAUUAGUUAUAACUCCGACCAAAGCGUACUGUCUUCCACCAGAGGUGGAGCUUUCUAAUAGGGUCCUAAGGAAAUAUAAACAUGUUGCUAAUAGGUUCCUAAGAGUUAGCUUCAAGGAUGAACGCAUGCAGCAGCUAAGUUCUAAUGCCCUCAACUAUUAUGUUGCUCCUAUCGUUAGGGAUAUUACAUCAAAUCCAUUUCCCCAGAAAACCACUGUUUUUAAUAGAGUGAAGACCAUCCUGAGCAAUGGGUUUUUUCUUUGUGGUCGGAAGUAUUCUUUUCUGGCAUUCUCAUCCAAUCAGUUGAGGGACCGAUCUGCCUGGUUUUUUGCUGAAGAUAAGAACAUUAAAGUGAUUGAGGUUAAAAAGUGGAUGGGAAGAUUCACCAACAGGAAUGUUGCCAAAUGUGCAGCUAGGAUGGGACUUUGCUUCUCAUCCACCUAUGCGACUGUCGAGGUUCCGUUGAAGGAGGUCAACUUGGAGCUUCCAGAUAUCGAGAGGAAUGGAUAUGUAUUUUCAGAUGGAAUUGGCAUGCUAACACCUGACCUUUCAAUGGAAGUUGCAGAGAAAUUGCAAUUGACUGCAAACCCUCCUUGUGCCUAUCAAAUCCGAUAUGCUGGUUGCAAGGGGGUCAUAGUUUGUUGGCCAGGAAAAGAAGAUGGAAUCCGUCUUUCCCUGAGGCCAAGCAUGAACAAGUUUGAGUCCAGACACACAAUCCUUGAAGUCUGCUCUUGGACUCGUUUCCAGCCAAGUUAUCUGAACAGGCAAAUAAUAACUUUGCUUUCAGCUUUAUGUGUUCCUGAUGAUGUGUUUUCAAGAAUGCAAGAUUCUAUGGUUUCUAAAUUAAACCAGAUGAUUGAGAACACUGAUGUUGCUUUUGAUGUUGUUACCUCAUCAUGUGCUGAGCAAGGGAAUACUGCAGCCAUAAUGUUAAGUGCUGGUUUCAAGCCUCAGAUGGAACCUCAUCUAAAAGGGAUGCUAUCCUGCAUAAGAGCUGCCCAACUGAGGGACCUUUUGGAAAAAUCUAGAAUCUUUGUUCCUUCAGGAAGGUGGUUGAUGGGGUGCUUGGAUGAACUAGCAGUACUUGAAGAAGGACAGUGCUUUAUCCAAGUGUCGAAACCUUCAUUAGAAAAUUGUUUUUCAAAGCACGGCUCUAGAUUUUCUGAGGUAAAGAAGAACACACAAGUUGUUAAGGGGAUUGUGGCCAUAGCAAAGAAUCCCUGCCUUCACCCAGGAGACAUUCGGAUUCUGGAAGCCAUAGAUGUGCCCAGCUUGCACCAUCUUAUUGAUUGUCUGGUUUUCCCUCAAAAGGGAGACAGACCACAUACAAAUGAAGCAUCGGGAAGUGACCUUGAUGGGGAUCUAUACUUUGUGACUUGGGAUGAACAUCUUAUACCUCCUAGCAAACAAAGCUUGGUCCCAAUGGAUUAUUCCCCUGCAGAAGUUAAAAAGCUGCCACGUGAUGUCAAUCAUCGGGAUUUGAUAGAUUUUUUCAUGAAAUCGAUGGUGAAUGAGAAACUUGGUGUUAUUUGUAAUGCGCACGUGGUUCACGCUGACCUGAGUGAAUAUGGAGCCUUGGAUGAGAAAUGCAUCCAGCUAGCAGAGCUUGCAGCUACGGCAGUCGAUUUCCCAAAGACCGGUAAGGUGGUAACUGUGCCACAAGAGCUAAAGCCUAAAAGGUACCCAGAUUUCAUGGGGAAGGAGGAAUUUCAAUCCUACAAGUCAAAUAAGAUCUUGGGGAAACUCUAUCGCAAAAUUAAAGAUUUUUCUGACGAAGAUGUGGAAGAAUCUGAGAUAACAUUUGCAGCUGAAGAUAUUCCUUAUGAUGUACAUCUUGAGGUUCUGGGAUCUUCAGAUCAUCUUGCAGAUGCUUGGAAUCUCAAGUGCUUGCAUGAUGCACAACUCACUACUCUUUUGGGGCAGUACAAGGUGAACCGGGAAGAAGAGGUGGUAACAGGGCAUAUAUGGUCCAUGCCAAAGUACAACAGCAACAAACAAGGGGAGCUAAAAGAAAGGCUUAAGAAUGCUUAUAAUGCACUAAAGAAGGAGUUCAGGCAAGCAUUUGAGAAAAUUGAUGAGACACUCCAACUUACGGAUGAUGAGAAAAACACCAUCUAUGAACAGAAGGCUUCAGCAUGGUACCAGGUUACAUACCACCCUAGAUGGAUCAUGAAAACACUGAAGUUGAGGGAACAUGAGGAUGAAAGCAACCCUGCAAUGCUUAGUUUUGCAUGGAUACCGGCUGACUACUUAGUCAGAAUCAAGAUCAAGCAUCGGGAUAUGGAAAAUGUUGAUGCCCGAAAGCCUAUUAAUGCGCUUGCAAACUAUCUGGCUGAUCGGAUAUGAUUAGAAACUGGGGCAGUUCCUAGCUUUUGACCUUCUCUCAUAUUGUCUUUUGUCCUGGCUUCAAGGUCCCACUCUGCCAAUAGUCCUUUGUUCCUGGAUACUCAAUCUGUUCAUUAUUGUGUUGUAAUUACAUUUUUGGUGGUUUGAAGAUUUACACUUGCAACCAGACAUGCGCUUAAAUUGUAGUA